AUGGCCGGACUUGGCUUAUUUAAUCUUGAAAAAGAAAAAGCGAAACAUUUGUUUACUAAUGAAACUAAUCUGACAGAUUUAUUUCGAAAUCAAAUUACAUCACUUACUAUUCAUAUUCGUAGAAUUAAGAAAGAACCUACAACAACAAAGGAAAUCACGAUUAUAUUUACAGACAUCUUUACUAUGUUUACCAAUCUGAAGUAUUUAAACUUCAAGCCAUUUUCAAAUUUUACUCAAUACUUAUCAUUUGAGACUUUAUCUCCCAUUAUUAAUUGUCCAACUAUCGUCGAAUUACAUGUUAAUGUGAAAUCUUUCUUCGAUUGUCUUUAUCUACUUGACGGACGUUUACCUCAACUUCGAGUAUUUCAUGUUGAUAUUUCUUGGUUUGGUCAUUCUCAACAUGAAAUAGUCAAUAACAUGGAAAACUUACCUAAUUUAGAAUGUUUUUCAUUAAAUUGUAAUCAAGAUUCAAGUGCAUAUGAUGAAUUAGUUAUUCCAUUGUUGCAUCGAAUGUUAAAUUUAAAAAGACUUCAUUUAUAUCUUGUAAUUAAUUAUAAAAAUAUGUUUAUUGAUGGAGAUAAUUUGAAAACAAAUAUUCUUAAUCGAAUGGUACAACUAAAUCAAUUUACAUUUAGCAUUCGAUCAAGUCUUUGGCUUACGAAUCAAACCAAGUUCAUAUCCAAUGAAGAUAUUCAACAUACAUUCGAAUAUUUUUCAACCAAUCAAAUUAUUUCUUAUGUUGAUUAUUUUCACAAGUUGGGACGAGGCGAAUGUCAUAUUUAUUCUUAUCCUUAUAAAGAAAACGAAUAUCAUAGAAUAACGAAUAAUUUUCCAGGUGGAAUAUUCAAAUACGUUCGUGAAAUAUCCUUAUUUGAUGAACGGCCUUUUGAACAUGAGUUUUUCUUUCAAAUUUCUCAAUCGUUUCCAUUGAUAGAAAAAUUAACUGUGAAUAAUGAAAAAGUACAAAACAAUAAAAGUGACAAUUUAUCAAUUAUUGAAUAUCCACGUCUUUCUUAUCUUGAUCUUCUUGAAGUUCAUGAAGAUUACGUCAAGCAGUUUCUUAUAGAUACAAACAGCUGUUUACCAAACAAUGUUGCUCUUAUUGUCGAUUAUGAAAUACUGAAGAAAGCAACAGAAAAUUUCACACGGCAAACAACUCGAAAUUGUUCAAAACUAUGUCGUUUAGCUAUACUUUGUGAAUAUGAAGUUACUGACGAUCUUAGUCAAUACUUUCCCCAGGCAAAAAUCACAUAUAGUUAUGAAUAUUUUAAAUAA